AUGGGUGCUAGUUGUCAUGAUCAGAAGAAAGCGGUUGCUAUAUGCUUACAAAGGUCACCUUGUGUUAUGAUUCAACGUAAUACUCCUCAGAAGUGUUUAGAUGAUCCUGAGUUAAAUAAAGACCUUCCAGAGUUGUGUAUAGCUCAGAUGAAGGCCUUUUUGGAGUGCAAAAGAGGGAUGGUAGAUAUGUCCAAGAGGUUCAGAGGUAAUGGUGCUUUAUCUACUGGUAGAUAUGAUGAACAGUAUGAUAAAUUGUGCAAAGGUGAUUUUGAUCCAAGAGAGGAAGUGCACAAGUUGGAAUUGUUAAAUAGUGUCCAAAAGGAUUGA